AUGUCUGAUCAGAUUGAUAGCCAAAACAGGUCUGAAGAGCAGGUGAAUCUGAGUGAGGGCACUAGUCCCUCUGACAGUUAUGAUGAAGGCAACAGAAGUACUCCUAGCAAUUUGCCUAAGGCUGCUAGUAGUCAAAGGAGGAAGAAAAUUUCUGAUUCUGAAGAUGAAGAUUAUGUGGCUGCUGAGGAGGAAGUCAAGUCCAAGAAGAAAAAGGUUGUCAAGCAGGAAUUUGGCAUAGCUGCAUCUACAAAGCCAGCUGAGGAUGAUGAAGAAGAAGAGGAUGCUACACCAGCACCUAAAGCUCAAAAGCUUAUGGGGGAUGCCAUCAAUUCUGGGGCCGCCCCUUCUAAGCCCAAGACUGCCCCCAAAGCUUCUGCUCCAGCCCCCAAGACUGCACCAAAGAGGAGCACCAGGAACAUACCAGCUGCUGAGAUGCAAACAACUGUUGAGCAGCCCCAGGAAGAAGCUGAGGAGAGGAAAGGAAAAGCUACCACAGAUGCCUUUCAUAGAGUGCCUAGGGCACAUAGAUCUGCAGCAGUGUCCGUGACAGACAAAAGAGCUACUACAUCAGCACUUGCAGCCACAGCAUCAGUAGCUCCUCCAGUUGCCACUCCACUAGCUCCAACAACUUCUACAGAUGCAUUCGUCCUUGUAGUUCCCUCAAUGCCACCUCCCGAAGAUCAAGCCUAG